UCUCAAUUUGAUGAUUCCACAUCAAAAACAUUUUCGCUGACUUGAGCAUAACAAUUAUUUGUUGUUGCACUCAGUUAUUUGCAAGUUGGCACACCCAAAACGGGUUCAAUCGAUCCAUCGAUCGUCAGUCGUCGAUCAGGUCAGGGAGGAAGUGCAAACCAACAUGCCACGCUCCAAGCAAUCGUCGUCGGUGAUCCGCACCCUGUUGUGGGCGGUGGGCUUAGGUCUGGCUACCGUACUUGGCAAGCAGUUUGACUAUUCCUUCGACCCGCACGAGCUCGAGUGCCCCGGCAACGUGACCCACGAGAAGGUCAUGCUGACCGCGUACCGGCCCCAGUACGAUGGCGCCAGCAAGCGCGACUAUACGGACCUCAAGUUCAAGAAGUUGUACACGUUGCAGGACUUUUUGGACAACCGAGCGCCGUACGUGACGGUCGGGAUGGAUCCGCGGUUGAAGGUGCCCUACGGGACGGAGAUUUGCAUCCCCGAGCUGAACAUUCACUUCCGGCGGAACGUGAAGCUGCAGGUGCGCGACACCCACGAGGAUCUGGCCGGGGGUGCAUACCGGAGGGUGGACAUUUGCGUCCGAACGCAGGCCGACAGCUUCGAUGACGUUGUGAAUUUGCUCGAGGCGACGUUGGUGAUGUAGGACAAAAUUGUGGUAAUAAUAAAAUGUUCAGUGUUUGUGGUUUGUUCAACUAACAUGAUGGUUUUUUUGUGAUCCGAUUUUU